CAAAGACUCAUUGUCUGUGCUUCAGUUCCUCUCUCUCUCUCUCUCUCUCUCUCUCUCUGUCUCUCUCUCUCUCUCAUUCUCUCUUCUCUCUCUUUGAUUUCCAAGGCACCGUAAUCAUUCGUCACAGUGAGAGAGUAGAAGAAGAAGAACCAUUGAUCCUCCACACACACACAGAAAAACCAAAACCAACAAAAUCUUCAGCUCUCAUUGUGUUUUGUGUUGCAAGCAAGCAACCAAAACGACACUCAUUUCUCGGGAUUCUUUGUCCCUCUCUUCAUUCAACACUGCUCCUGUUCUUAAUUCUCUUCAAUCAAACAAAGAGGCUUGCAAUCUCUCAACUGGACCUGGUUUCUCUAAAUGGUUUCUGGGUGUGUUUGAACUUUGAAGUAAGUGUUAAUAUCAUUAAUAGUUGAAGGUUGAAGUUCUGUUGUUCUUUGUGUGGAGCUUUUUUUUGGUUUGGUCAGAGAAUGUCCAGGCCUCUACAUCGAGGUGUGUCUGGAUUUCGUGUCCCUGACAGUAGCAAUGACUUGUGGGACUCUCAAUCCAAAGAUAAACCAGAAAGAGAAGAUUUUGAUAAGAGGGGUUCUUCAGAUCAUAGCCCUCUAGCACUGAAAUUUCCUUUGAAGGUUCUUUUUUCUGAUAAUAACAACAAUUCUCCUUCCAAAUAUGGCAAUGGAAUCACUGAGAAUGGUUUUUCAUCUGAUCCAUUCUUUGUUGGAUCGCCAAGAACCCGGGUUAAGUUGAUGCUGCUUUCAUUGAAGAUUAGUUUAGUGUUUAUAGUUGUUCUUGCUCUUGUUGGAUCUUUUUGGUGGACCCUAUCUAUGUCAUCCUCAUCAAGAGGUAGAGUUUACCAUGGUUAUAGAAGGCUCCAGGAGAAGCUGGUUACAGACCUGUUGGAUGUUGGUGAGUUAUCUCAUGGCUCCUCCAAGGUGAAAGAAUUGGAAUUCUGUUCUCCUGAGCUGGAAAAUUUUGUUCCUUGCUUUAAUGUUUCUGAUAAUUUAGCUUCUGGUGGCAACGAGUUGGACCGGAAAUGUGACGGCGAGCUCAGGCAAAGUUGUUUGGUCCUCCCACCUGUGAAUUACAAAAUUCCUCUUAGGUGGCCUACUGGAAGAGAUGUUAUCUGGAUUGCUAAUGUGAAAAUCACUGCACAGGAGGUUCUUUCUUCUGGAAGCUUGACCAAGAGAAUGAUGAUGCUGGAUGAAGAGCAAAUUUCGUUUCGUUCAGCCUCUCUUAUGUUUGAUGGUGUUGAAGACUACUCACAUCAAAUCGCGGAAAUGAUUGGACUUAGAAAUGAAUCUUACCUUAUACAAGCUGGGGUUCGAACCAUACUAGACAUAGGUUGUGGGUAUGGUAGCUUUGGAGCGCACCUUUAUCAAAGUCAACUUCUAACUAUGUGCAUUGCAAACUAUGAGCCUUCUGGCAGUCAAGUUCAGCUCACUCUCGAGAGGGGUCUUCCUGCUAUGAUUGCUUCAUUCACUUCAAAUCAGCUGCCAUAUUCAUCUCUGUCGUUUGAUAUGUUACAUUGUGCUAGAUGUAACAUUGAUUGGGACCAGAAAGAUGGACAUCUCUUGAUUGAAGCCGAUAGACUUUUAAGACCGGGUGGAUACUUUGUCUGGACAUCACCACUUACAAAUGCUCGCAACAAAGAGAAUCAGAAAAGGUGGAAGUUUGUGCAAGAUUUUACAGAAAAGCUUUGCUGGGAAAUGUUGUCACAGCAAGAUGAAACCGUUGUAUGGAAGAAAACUAGUAAAAAGAGUUGCUAUUCUUCAAGAAAGCCUGGUUCCGUCCUUCCUUUGUGUGGUAGAGGUCUUGAUGUGGAGUCUCCCUAUUAUCGCGAACUGCAAAAUUGCAUUGGAGGAACACAGAGCAGCCGUUGGGUUUCAAUUGAAAAAAGAGAAAGAUGGCCUUCUCAGGUUAACUUGAACAAGAACAACUUAGCAGCAUAUGGGUUACAGUCUGAUGAAUUAACUGAGGACUCUGACAUGUGGAGAACAGCAGUACAAAAUUAUUGGUCACUCCUUUCGCCUAUAAUAUUUUCUGAUCAUCCAAAGAGACCUGGUGAAGAGGACCCUUCACCGCCUUACAACAUGUUCAGAAAUGUGCUAGACAUGAAUGCUCAUUUUGGUGGCUUCAAUACUGCACUGUUGCAGGCUAGAAAGUCUGUGUGGGUCAUGAAUGUGGUCCCAAUAAGUGGACUGAACUAUCUUCCCUUGAUCCAGGACAGAGGUUUCGUCGGCGUUUUGCAUGAUUGGUGUGAGGCCUUUCCAACAUACCCGAGAACCUAUGACUUGGUGCAUGCAGCGGGACUUCUAUCUCUUGAGACGUCCCAGCAGCGCAGAUGCAACAUGCUUGAUAUGUUCAUUGAAAUUGACAGGUUGCUUCGCCCAGAGGGUUGGGUUAUAAUUCGCGACACAGUUCCUUUAAUAGAAUCCGCUAGAGCUCUAACAACACAGCUGAAGUGGGAUGCACGAGUUAUAGAAAUUGAAAGUGACAGCGAUCAGAAACUCCUGAUCUGCCAGAAACCUCUCAUCAAGAGACAUGCAAGCUACUAAUUAAUUGAAGGCCAGAAGCAAUUAGACCAUAAUAUACUACACAUAUAUACAUUUCCAUAAUGUUCGUCACUUCAUUUAUCAUCAUAAAAGCUCUGCCAUACAAAGUGGGGAUUGAAAAUUUUGAACAGAAAGGAAACAGAGAAAGCAAUAGAGGAAGCAGUGUUUCCUUGGCAAUGAUACCACACCACAUCUCCUAUGUAGCCACAAGGUGUGCAUAGGACCAUGUAAUUACCAAACAAGAAGCAAAGCAGCAGUUGGGAAAGAAUACUGGUAGAUUUACUUGUGUCUUGUUAUAGUUACACAAAAAACACAAAUAUUAAGAUUGGGAAGAUUAUAUGAUAGAAUAAGUUAUUGCUGGUUACUGUGGUGUAUAAAAAUGCUUAGGUAUCAGUUCCCCUUCUAUUAUAGAAUUAUUUUUCUGCUUUCAA